AUGAAACUCCACCGAGCUUCUGCGGCCACGUUGGUGCUCACUGCGGCUACCCUCGCUGUCGCGAUCGCGAUCGACUUCAAGUCCGACUUGAGCCUGAAAACCACUGCGGCCACGAAGACGACAUCUCCCACCACGCAGACAUCGUCGUCAACCGUUCAACAGUCCACCGAGCCAACGAGUCUGGCACCCGUGGCGCCUGUGGCGGCAUGCUCGGAUCUGUUGGCCGUCGACAUGACCGCUAUUGGCGGCAACGUCACCACUGCCAAAGAGACCGACAGUAACGGCAUCACCUACUGCUCGGUCGAAGGUGAAUUCACGUCCACUGCUGGCUGGCAGGUCAUGCUUCCCGUUGCGAAUUGGACGCAGCGGUACAUGCAAGUCGGGUGCGGAGGGCUCUCGGACGGAUCUGUCGAGGUCACCAACGGCGAGUUUGUGCUGGCAUCCACGGACAUGGCGGGCGGAUCCGACGGAGAGUUCGGUCUCAACGAGGAGAAACGUGCGGCUUUCGCGCAUCAGGCUGUCCACCAGACCGCGCAGACGGCCAAGAAGCUCAUCCAGGCCUACCACGAUCAGGAGGCGGCGUACUCGUACUUCAACGGUUGCUCGGACGGUGGCCGCGAGGCUGUCAUGGAGGCGAUCCGCUAUCCGGACGACUUCGACGGAAUCAUUGCCGGGGCGCCCGCCAUGCUCUUCACGUUCCAGAACAGUUUCCACCACGGUUGGCUUUCGGUUAGCAACACUGACGACGAAGGAAACCGCGUUGUCAUCGCUGACCGAGCUUCGAUUCUUCACGAUGCUGUUAUCAAAGCAUGCGACUCGCUGGACGGCAUCGAAGACGGCUUGCUAUCGGACCCGAGACUCUGCGACUUUGACCCGUCGACGAUUCAGUGCGCGAAAGACGCCACUGACAACUCCACGUGCCGUGCCUCACCUCAGCUGAAUCGCAAAUACCUGACGGUCGGAGAAGAGCAGUACGGCUCGGAGCUGGCGUGGUCCGGUGUCUUCGUGUCCGAAACGUACGACGGCGACAUCAUGAGCACCAACACUGCGCUUGCCGCCAUCAAGUACCUGAUCUUUGAGGAGUACCCGGGCGACAACUACACCCUGAGCGACUUCAAGUUCGCCAACUCCACCAUCGACCUGCUGCGAUCGCGUCACCACCUGCUCGACGCCGCUGGCGGCAAGCUCAUUCUGUGGCACGGCUGGGCCGACCCGCACAUUUCCCCGCGAACGACGAUCGCCUACCACGAAGCCUUGCAGAAGCACAUGGGCGAGGCCACACUGAACGAGUUCGAGCGUCUGUACCUGCUACCUGGUGUGUAUCACUGCGGAAAUGGUGAGGGCCCCUCCGCUAUCGACCUCGUGACCCCCAUGCUCGAGUGGGUGGAGUCCAACACUGCCCCUGGCGCCAUUGAAACAAGCACACCAACCAACACCGGCGAGAGCAAGUUCGGCCAAUGGGCCAAGUCGGAAUCCGGCAGUGGAAAGCCCCCCUCGGGCCCCCCUUCGAGGCGCAUGCUGCAGACGGAAGCGUCUGGAUCCGGAUCGGCAGCUACGACCGUGACUCGCCCCGUGUAUCCGUACCCCGCAGUGGCCAAAUACAAGGGCACGGGCGACGUGAACGACGCUGCGAACUUCGAGAAGGGCAAGCCGCUUUACACGAAGAAGACCCGCUCCUGGCUGGGCGAGGACGUCUUCAACCCAUACACGCCGACGAAGGCAUAA